GCAAUUGAGUUCGGAGGUGGAAACAUGUAAAUGACAGCCAUAUUUACAUUCUUUUUGGUUAGGCAGUAGUAAGUGUGUAGUGAUUGCAUUGGAAAGCAUUUGUGAAAAUGAGUUCUUUGAAACUGCAAAAGAGGCUUGCAGCCUCUGUAAUGCGAUGUGGGAAGAAAAAAGUAUGGUUAGAUCCAAAUGAAAUCAAUGAAAUUGCAAACACAAACUCCCGCCAAAAUAUCCGUAAAUUAAUUAAGGAUGGUUUAAUUAUCAAGAAGCCCGUAGCUGUACAUUCAAGAGCUAGAGUUCGUAAGAACACAGAAGCUAGGCGUAAAGGAAGGCAUUGUGGUUUUGGCAAAAGAAAAGGUACAGCAAAUGCUAGAAUGCCUCAAAAAGAAUUGUGGAUACAGCGUAUGCGUGUACUUAGGCGUUUGCUAAAGAAAUAUAGACAAGCAAAGAAAAUAGAUAGACAUCUCUAUCAUUCUCUGUACAUGAAAGCCAAAGGUAAUGUUUUUAAGAACAAAAGGGUUUUAAUGGAAUACAUCCAUAAAAAGAAAGCUGAGAAGGCACGUAGCAAGAUGUUGAAAGAUCAAGCAGAAGCUAGGAGAAAUAAAGUAAGGGAAGCUAAAAAACGACGUCUGGAACGUAUUGCUACAAAGAAACAAGAAAUUACACAGUCUUAUCAAAAAGAGGACGAAGCAGUAGCUCAGGCUAAAAAGUAAAUGAUGUAUAUUGUACUAGUUCUGUUGCUCUUUUGAUAAGAAAUAAAAUUAAAUAUCUUAAA